AUGGUCUCUGCACAGCACCUCUGCACUGGCCUGUGCAGCACGUCAACCCUGCACAGCACCUCUGCACUGGCCCUGUGCAGCACGCCAACCCUGCACAGCACCUCUGCACUGGCCCUGUACAGCAUGUCAACCCUGCACAGCACCUCUGCACUGGCUGUGUACCGUAUGCCAACCCUGCACAGCACCUCUGCACUGGCCCUGUACAGCAUGUCAACCCUGCACAGCACCUCUGCACUGGCUGUGUACAGUACGCCAACCCUGCACAGGUCCUCUGCACUGGCUGUGUACAGCACGUCAACCCUGCACAGGUCCUCUGCACUGGCCCUGUGCAGCACACCAACCCUGCACAGGUCCUCUGCACUGGCCCUAUGCAGCACACCAACCCUGCACAGCACCUCUGCACUGGUCAUGUGCAGCACGCCAACCCUACACAGCACCUCUGCACUGGCUGUGUGCAGCACGCCAAACCUGCACAGCACCUCUGCACUGGCUGUGUGCAGCACGCCAAACCUGCACAGCACCUCUGCACUGGCUGUGUGCAGCACGCCAAACCUACACAGCACCUCUGCACUGGCCCUGUGCAGCAGGCCAACCCUGCACAGCACCUCUGCACUGGCCCUGUGCAGCAGGUCAACCCUGCAUAGCACCUCGGCACUGGCCCUGCACAGCACGUCAACCCUGCACAGCACCUCUGCACUGGUCAUGCACAGCACAUCAACCCUGCACAACACCUCUGCACUGGCCCUGUGCAGCAGGCCAACCCUGCACAGCACCUCUGCACUGGCCCUGUGCAGCACGUCAAACCUGCACAGCACCUCUGCACUGGCCCUGUGCAGCAUGCCAACCCUGCACAGCACCUCUGCACUGGCCGUGUGCAGCAGGCCAACCCUGCACAGCACCUCUGCACUGGCCAUGCACAGCACGCCAACCCUGCACAGCACCUCUGCACUGGCCGUGUGCAGCACGCCAACCCUGCACAGCACCUCGGCACUGUUUGCUCAUCCUCUCUCCUCCUUCCAAACCUGCUGACCCUUCCUUCCUCUCUUAGUGUCUACACUUUGCCUACAGUUUGAUCACCUACAGCUACCAUCUCCAGAACCUCCAGAGGCAUCCGGUAUUUAACAAAACUGUCUCCAUUCUCCCGGUGAGCAGCCAGCUGGCACCCCAGAUGUUGGAUCAAUGGCCUGCCCCCUCCAAUCCACAGGGAUUACCCCCACAGACCCCACACUACAGCACUUUCCUGAGGCGGAACACCACUCCUCACCAGUCCAUAUCUGCUAGACCUCCCUUUGUUCUCCCAGUAAGCAUAAGCCAACGUGCCCAUCUCAGCUAGGUCCCGGAACCUGCUGAGUGACUGACACUGUACCGUCAAAUUCAAUCAGCCACUUCAAAAUCUUUAUGCAUUCAGACAAAACUCACUGCCGAGCUUAGAAACAAAAACUAACAGAGAAAACAAACUUCAGACUAAAAGAGAAUGCGUUUCAGAGUCCAUGGAAGACAGCAGCAUCCCAAAUUGAUUUUUUUUCCUGUGAUGUUAUUAGAAUACGGCAUCACCGCACUGUCACAACUCAUUGAGGGUCUCAGAGCAAACAUCCCCUUACAGUAGGGAAGAAUAACUUCCUUCUCAGAAACUGACCUUGACACCCCCAUGUCAGAAAACUGCUAAAACAUUUCUGACAUGGUUCCAUGCACCAAGGCACCACUGAAAGGGUCUAUGGCGCAGAGCUCCACACAAGCCAGUGGCCUUGAUCCGGAAGCAACCAGAGGUGGAACCCAUCCUUAGGCAAGGCAUUCUGAUCCAAUGUGUUCAUGUGGGAGAGAGUUGCACAGCCUUGAAAAAUUACUCGAUGCAGUUGCCAGACAGCUCAGUGUAGGUGGCAAAGAACCUUGUCAAGGAAGCAGCGUACUUCCUUGAGAGGAACGCUAAAAACCACAGCUCUUUACAAUGCUCAAAACCCAGGCUUCAGCCAGGCAUGGGGACGCUUAUCUGUCGGUGUUGGUACUUGGGAGGGAGAUCAGGAGGACGACUAGGGUCCUGGAGUCUGAGACUAAGUCUGGGCAAUACAGUGAAAUUGUUAUGUCAAAAUGAAUGAAUGAAUGAAUGAAACCCAGGCUUUCUUAAAAAAAACAGUGAACUCAGGACUUACAAGAGGACAAUGACAGUUGAACCUUCACAUCUACUUCCCAGAUGAUUUUGCAUCUUAAAGUUUCUGGAUUUCCAUUUCUAUACUUGCUUUAUGGAGGCUCAUCAAGUCUAUUAUAUAAAAUGUUUAGGACACUGGGCCGCAGCACUAGGGGUGAUCGGAGGAAACCGUUUCAUAGAAUUUGUAGAUUUUCAGCUUAUCCUAAAGUCCCAAAGCACGCAGCACUCUGCUGCAGGAUUUACAGGUAGGGUCAGCUAACUGUAUGUGAAGGAUUUCAAUGAGGGUCACACUAAGUAACCUGUGCUCGGGCUCUUCACAUACUCACAGGGCUCACUCCUCUAGGACAGAAGCGCUCAUUCACACUGUAGCAUCAAUGAGUCAGUUACCAAGAAAGAACAACACAGGCCUCUGGGGUGUGCACACUGUGCUCUCUCACACCUACCCACACAUCCACGACCCACACACCAGCAUUUCCUCAAAGUUUCUGUCUGGAAAUCAUUUUGGCGGAUUUAAAUUAAUUAGUACAAACGUUUCAUUUGCUCACAGCAGCCAAGAGGUUAGGCAGAAACCCUCACCAGCUGUUCAGAUAUGUGUAAGAACACAUGUCAGCAAAUGACUAACAAAGGGACGGUGUUUUCCUCCCGGUCAGAUACAUUCCUGGUAGGACAGGGGUCAGCAGGAACCAUCACUAGAGCAGGGGUCAGCAGGGACCAUCACUAGGACAGGGGUCAGCAGGGACCAUCACUAGAGCAGGGGUCAGCAGGUACCAUCACUAGGACAGGGGUCAGCAGGAACCAUCACUAGGACAGGGGUCAGCAGGAACCAUCACUAGGACAGGGGUUAGCAGGGACCAUCACUAGGACAGGGGUCAGCAGGGACCAUCACUAGGACAGGGGUUAGCAGGGACCAUCACUAGGACAGGGGUUAGCAGGUACCAUCACUAGGAAAGGGGUUAGCAGGAACCAUCACUAGGACAGGGGUCAACAGGAACCAUCACUAGGACAGGGGUCAGCAGGGACCAUCACUAGGACAGGGGUUAGCAGGUACCAUCACUAGGACAGGGGUUAGCAGGAACCAUCACUAGGACAGGGGUCAUCAGGGACCAUCACUAGGACAGGGGUCAUCAGGGACCAUCACUAGGACAGGGGUCAGCAGGGACCAUCACUAGGACAGGGGUCAGCAGGGACCAUCACUAGGACAGGGGUCAGCAGGGACCAUCACUAGGACAGGGGUCAGCAGGGACCACCACUAGGACAGGGGUCAGCAGGGACCAUCACUAGGACAGGGGUCAGCAGGAACCAUCACUAGGACAGGGGUUAGCAGGAACCAUCACUAGGACAGGGGUCAUCAGGGACCAUCACUAGGACAGGGGUCAUCAGGGACCAUCACUAGGACAGGGGUCAGCAGGGACCAUCACUAGGACAGGGGUCAGCAGGGACCAUCACUAGGACAGGGGUCAGCAGGGACCAUCACUAGGACAGGGGUCAGCAGGGACCACCACUAGGACAGGGGUCAGCAGGGACCAUCACUAGGACAGGGGUCAGCAGGAACCAUCACUAGGACAGGGGUCAGCAGGAACCAUCACUAGGACAGGGGUUAGCAGGUACUAUCACUAGGAAAGGGGUUAGCAGGAACCAUCACUAGGACAGGGGUCAACAGGAACCAUCACUAGGACAGGGGUCAGCAGGGACCAUCACUAGGACAGGGGUCAGCAGGAACCAUCACUAGGACAGGGGUCAGCAGGUACCAUCACUAGGAAAGGGGUUAGCAGGGACCAUCACUAGAGCAAUGGUUAGCAGAAAUGGUGCUCCGUGUUUUUCUGGUCACUUAUAAACAGGUGGCAUGAGAGUUCCAGAUAAAUCGUGCCAGGUGACAAUUCCUGUACAUAUAUCAAAAUCUCCUCCUUGACCUAGAACAGUGAUGGACACUAAACACUCAGCACUCUUCUGUAGUAAGACAGUACUGAGGUAUAAACAUGGACUGCAGUAGACAGUGCUGGGGUGUGAACAUGGACUGCAGUGAGGCAGUGCUGAGGUGAGAACAUGGACUGUAGUAGACAGUGCUGAGGUGUGAACAUGGACUGCAGUGAGGCAGUGCUGAGGUGAGAACAUGGACUGUAGUAGACAGUGCUGAGGUGUGAACAUGGACUGCAGUGAGGCAGUGCUGAGGUGAGAACAUGGACUGUAGUAGACAGUGCUGAGGUGUGAACAUGGACUGCAGUGAGGCAGUGCUGAGGUGUGAACAAGGACUGCAGUAGACAGUGCUGAGGUGUGAACAUGGACUGCAGUGAGGCAGUGCUGAGGUGUGAACAAGGACUGCAGUAGACAGUGCUGAGGUGUGAACAUGGACUGCAGUGAGGCAGUGCUGAGAUGUGAACAAGGACUGCAGUAGACAGUGCUGAGGUGUGAACAUGGACUGCAGUGAGGCAGUGCUGAGGUGUGAACAAGGACUGCAGUAGACAGUGCUGAGGUGUGAACAUGGACUGCAGUAGACAGUGCUGAGGUGUGAACAUGGACUGCAGUAGACAGUGCUGAGGUGAGAACAUGAACUGCAGUAGACAGUGCUGAGGUGAGAACAUGGACUGCAGUAGACAGUGAUGAGGUGUGUGAACAUGGACUGCAGUGAGGCAGUGUUGAGGUGUGUGAAUAUGGACUGCAGUAGACAGUGCUGAGGUGUGAGAACAUGGCCUGCAGUAGGCAGUGCUGAGGUGAGAACAUGGACUGCAGUGAGGCAGUGCUGAGGUGAGAACAUGGACUGCAGUAGACAGUGCUGAGGUGUGAACAUGGACUGCAAUGAGGCAGUGCUGAGGUGUGAGAACAUGGACUGCAGUAGACAGUGCUGAAGUGUGAACAUGGACUGCAGUAGACAGUGCUGAGGUGUGAGAACACGGACUGCAUGCAGUAGACAGUGCAGAGGUGUGAGAACAUGACUGAGCCUUCAAGGGCCAUGUACUGGGAACAUAGCCCCAGUGUGUGUUGGACUUUGAGAGGUGGGAUCUGGUGGGAAGUUAUAACUGCCCGUCCUUUGUCCUUGUCUUAUCUUGUCAUCUUGCCCUGUGAUCUCUCUCCCCAUGCCCUAUGAAAUCUCAUCAAAGUGAUACAUCGUCAUGCACGGACCCUCCAAAACAAUGAGUCAAAUAAAACUUUUCUAAACCAA